AGCCGCAGGGCACUGAAAUUUGAAGAAAUAGGAUUAAAAACACACGCAAGAGCCAACCUUCUAGGUGCAGGCAAUCUUCACAACUCAUAGAUUUUGCCCAGCAGAUAUAGACAUAUAACCUAAAGAAGUAAGAGAGAUUGUUCGGACUCUCUCUCUCUCUCUCUCAAUAAAUGCCCUAAUCUUUCUCUAGUUUUCAGUCCAAACUGAUGGGUAUGCCUUGUCUACUAUCCCAUAUAAGUCAUCGGCACUUCAUCAUUUAGUCUUCCUACUGCUUGAACUUGCAAACCUACUUUAAUGGCUUCCACACCACCACCCAAACCAUCAAAACAGCUUGGAGAAUUUUUACUGGAGCACCAAGAACCUUUCAUCUUAGACGGGUAUCUUUUAGAACGAGGGUGCCUGAAGAACAGCUCAAAUCCAAGAAGUAACCUUAGCAGCUGCUGCGGCAAUUCAACGAAGUUACUAAAGAGGUCGGCCAGUUGUGGCUUAAACAAGAGCAGAAAUGAUGUUCCACGCUGCUCCAAAAUACUGGGAUGUGUAUAUAAGAAGUUUGUUUCAAUUAAAGAGGACCAGAGAAGGAAGAGUUCUGAACAUAGAGAUGAAGAAUAUAGUGCCCCUGCAAUGGAGAUGGUUGACAAAGAAGUUGCGGAAUCGGAUGGUUUUUCCUCAGCUAGCAGCACGACAGUGUUCAACUCAUGCUCCGAGAGUGAUAAGGAGGAAAUAUCAACUUCAUCAUGUAAAGAUCAGACCUUAUUUGAUGUAGAAACUUUCCAAGCUAUGAAACUCUGCAAUAUUGAAAAGCUUCGGCGGAGAUGCAAUGAAGACAGUAAGCAACUGAGCCCAGUGUCAGUACUAGAAGAAAUAUCCUCCCCUGAAGAGCAACAAAAUACCAGGAUAAGACAAGAAGAGAAUCCAACAGCCUGUCCCAAGAAAGGUUUACAAGACUACACACUAUCAUCAGCAGCUCUUCCAAGGGAAUUGCUCUUUCACUUGGCAACAGAGAAGCCAAUUCAUACAGGAGUUGCAGAGUUGCAAAGGCUUGGAGAGUCUAACCCUUCCCCACAGUACUUGAAAUCAAAAAUGGUAUUGCAGCAAACAAAGCAGCUUCUGUUUGAUUGUGUGAGGGAGGCGAUGGAGACCCAUGUGAGGAAGGAGAGAGAGAAGCAGCAUCACCAAGAAUUGCUGGGGCCUGAAGAGCUUGGGAGGCUCAUCUGUGAAAGAAUGAGGUUAUGGGGGAAACAGGCUGCAGAUGAAACAAACACAAAUUAUUUCUUGGAUUUGGACUUCUCGGAUUCCGUGAAAGAAUGGCGUACUUUGGAACAGCAGAAGAGGGAAAUUGCGUUGGAGAUUGGAGAUGCCAUUUUGGAAGAGAUCCAGACUGAAAUUGUCAUAGAAAUGAAUGAUUUCCCGGCAGCAACAGCAUUUUGACCUCAUUCCAAAUUUCACUGCUUACGCUUGAUUACCUGCUCAUCCUUCUAUGUUAUCUCUAACAGAUUUGUCAGUCGUUUUGAGCCAGGACAAAAGAAGACGCAUAUUCCUUGUAGUAGCUACCUUUUUCCAUGAGCAGAAUUUAUAUUUCUUUUUGUUAGGAAGGGACUUGAAUCUAGUGGAAAUAGUGUUCUGGUAUAUGUUUGGUCGAGUGGACGUUUAUUCAGUUCGAGCAAAAUGUAAGUUUGAGAAUUCGCUUGACAUUAUUCGACAAUCAACUUGAGCAAAAUGCAAGUUCGAGAGUUACCUCAACAUCGCUCGACAUUCAGCUCAUGCGAAAUUCAAGUCCAAGAUUUUGCUUAAUAUCGCUCUUAUGUUCACUUGAGCGAAAUGUCAAAACCCUACGCUUGCUCGACACCUGCUUGAGAGUUUGCUCGAGUCAAUAUUCUCAGAAGUGAAUAUGCACUGUUUUCUAUAAAUAUCAAACGGCGCCUCUUCUAUUUUUUUUCACUUCUUAAGUCACUUUUGUUUUCAAGAGUGAUUUUCUAGAGAGAGUUUAGAGUAAGAGAGAUAACUUCUUUGUGAAAGAAGUUUUGUAUUAUUCUUCUGUACUCCAUCAUUGUUUAUAAUGAAAUUUCUGAU